GUUUUUUCAGUUAGUAAAUAAAAAUACUAAUUGGUAAACUAAAUAGUUAUUGGCACUGAAACAUAGUAUUAUUACACCUAGCAUUGCAUAUUAUACCUAGCAUAGAAAUUUUAUAAAACUUUAUGAAUUCUAUAAAUAAGAGUAAGUAAUUUGAUUAUUAAUUGUGUAGUGAUGGAGGGAAUAGGGGGUGUUAGUGCUCAGACUCAAAAUAAAAAAACAUCUGAACAAGAAGCAACAAUCGUAAAAAGUGAUAAAGACGUAGAAAUAACGUCCGCUCCGCGGAGAGAAGAAUCAUUACAGACCGAGAGUGAUAAGGAGAGCGAAACACUAUCACUAUCUGACCUUUACGUACCUGAUGUGGGUGCAAAAUGGUAUAAAGUGACGGGCAAUAUUGUCACACCACCCAUGAACUUCAAAAAGCUACCAGAUAUAUUUACAUCAUUUCCAAUCAAUGGUCGGCCCAAAACUAAAAAUGAUGUUGAUAAUGUUUUGGAAAAAAAUUUGAGAGAUUUUGUUGGGGCAGAAGUGAGUGAUGAAGAUUAUGAGAAGCUGGUUGAGUUUUGCAACCCCAGUCAUUUAGAAACAGGAUUAGAAAUUAAAAUGUCUACACCUCUUCCAAGUAUAAAUUCCUGCCCUGUGAAAGAAUUUGCAGAAACUGACCUUGGCAGCAACCUUAAUAUUGCUAAGAAGCUUAAAUUGAGAAAAUCUAAGGAUAUUAAUAAUCUAUACUCACGUAAUCUCAAAUAUCGAAGAGUUCGGCUGUUACCCCAGUCAAAAGAAAAUGAUAUAACAGUAACAAUUGGGGAGCCAUUGCAACCCGGUCAGGAUUUGGUGUUCCGAAUAAGAGUCUAUAGGCCUUUCCGUCAGUCUGCAAGAGAGAGAACUAACACUCGGCACUCCAUACUGAGCAAUGAUAUAGUGCUGCUGGGCCGGCAGCCGCUGACGGCGCUGCGGGAUCGAAUCAUCUGUCUCAACGAUGUGAGCACGAGCGUCGACGUGUCUGAUAGGCUUGACGACUUACCCACAACUACUGCUAAGGAGCUGUUCCCAUCAGGGUUCCUGUUCAUCAACAACACGUUCUACGUGGACAGCCGCGCCGGGUGCGCGGACCGGUCGCGCGAGCUGCGCGAGUGGGCGGCGGCGCGCGGGCUCGGCGCCUUCCCAGCCCGGGACAUGGCCUCCAUGCGCCUGCACGACGUCGCGGUCAAGUUGGGCCACCCGGACGUGUAUUCUCAUCAGGGCAACUGCGAGCACCUGUUCACGUUCUCCGAAGUGCGUCUGAUGCACCCCACGGACCCGCUGAAGAUCAGCCACUACCCUUUCCACACCCAAACCACUCAGAACCAUACAAUAUAUUGUACCACUUGCGCAGAAUUUGGCAGUAAAUGGGUGGUCACUGGAUGCGACAGAGUCCCGUUCGAUCCAACAUUCUUUUGCGAUGCCUGCUUCAAGUUUUACCUCUACAAAGAUGGACAGAAAAUAUGCGAUUUCAAAGCCUACUUGUACAGAGGCAAUGAGAUCAAUGUACUGAAACCAUUUGGAUGAUAUGAAAAGAGACUGCUGUAAAUGUAAAGCAUUUGAACAUACAGUAGUGGACGAACUGUAAAGUGAUCAGUAUGUUGUGAACUUUAUCUUGGCAGAAACUCAUUUGUGAAAUAUGAUCUGAAAAGUGGCUUGCUUCCUUUAAAAUAAGUGCCAUUUUAUCUUGCAAGGUAUAUUGUUAUUUGUUAAACGUAUCAUGCCCAAUAAAAAAAGGUGUGUGUGCGAUUCACACAUGAUAGAAGUGAAACAUCAGUAAAUCGACAAAAUAAUGUGAUGAAU